AUGGCAGAAAUUGACAUUGCAGCCUUACUGACAAAAAACACGUUAGAAUUCGUUAAAGGUACUGAUGAGGUUAUAACUGCACAGAAGAAAAAAAGGGGAGCUAAUUGGUCGGCCGAAGAAGAAAUUUAUUUGAUAGAGGAAGUGUUAAAAUAUGAAGAUCAACUUUUUGGAAAAAUGAAGGGUUCGGGUGUGAGAGGAAAACAUGGGCGGGUUAAAGAUGAAACCUGGCGGGGUAUUGCUGACAUACUGAACGGGCAGUUUAAAAAUGAAAGAACGGCAGAGACGAUUUCAAAGAAAUACGAUAACAUCAAGCAGCGGGCUAAAGACAAAAUAGAUGCCCUUAAACGCCCGAAAACUGGAGGAGGUCCAGCUAAAGCACCCCUUACAGCCGCAGAGGAGUGUCUCCUUCAAGCUUUUGACGGUCGCCCUAACAUUGUAGGACUCGACGGAGGCAUUGAUUCUGAUGAGCCCGCACCUUCCAGUACCUCGCUACCCGUGCCUGAUCAUGCUGAUACGAUAAUGGAAGUCCUCACUGGACCUUCAGCUACGUGUAGCCUUGUAGAGCCUUGUGGAGACGGCAGCCGCUCACACAACAUAUUGAAAAGUUCAAAUGGACGAAAGAACAAGAAGAAUAGCAGGCGUGAUAUUAUAGAGGAAGCAGAGAGAUGUAAUCUGGAGUUGGAAAACCAGGUGUUAAAGUCCACGGCGAAAAAGUUUAAGUUAGAGAGAGAGAAGUUGAAAAGUGAAAUUAAGUAUAUACAUAUGCAGAAGGAGUAUUUAUUGCUGAAGAUAAGCAAGGAAUUUCCUGGUCAUAAUAAAACACUUUCACAGCCAUCACCAUCAUCAUCCGAUUCAGAAUGA